AGUUCUGGAAUCCAGCCGUCCGGACUGUGCGUAAAAAGUUUUUAGUGAAGCGGAGCGCAGAGAGUCGCGUUUUUAAACUGAGGAGGAUGUCAGCUUCAGAGGAAACAGACGGGCUCCGGCCGAGAUAUGGCUCGGUCCUGGAUGGCGUGGAGCGGCUGACGGCGGAGGAGAUGGAUGAGCGGCGGCAGCAGAACAUGGCCUACGAGUACCUGUGCCACCUGGAGGAGGCCAAAAGGUGGAUGGAGGCCUGUCUGGACGAGGAGCUGCCUCCCACCACAGAGCUCGAGGAGGGGCUCAGGAAUGGCGUCUAUCUGGCCAAACUGGGCAACUUCUUCGCCCCGCGGACCGUCUCCCUCAAGAAGAUCUACGACCGCGAGCAGACGCGCUACAAGGCAACGGGUCUCCAUUUCAGACACACAGACAACGUGAUCCAGUGGCUCAACGCCAUGUCAGAGAAGGGACUGCCAAAGAUCUUCUACCCUGAGACCACAGACAUAUAUGACAGAAAGAACAUGCCGCGCUGCAUCUACUGCAUACAUGCACUCAGCCUGUACCUGUUCAAGCUCGGCCUGGCUCCUCAGAUCCAGGAUCUGUAUGGAAAAGUAGAUUUUACUGAGGAGGAGAUCAACAACAUGAAGAGCGAGCUGGAAAAGUAUGGCAUCCAGAUGCCCGCCUUCAGCAAGAUUGGCGGGAUCCUGGCCAAUGAGCUCUCUGUGGACGAAGCUGCAUUGCACGCCGCUGUGAUCGCCAUCAACGAGGCCAUCGACCAGGGCGUGUCAGAGGGCACGCUGGCUGCGAUGCAGAACCCCAACGCCAUGCUGGUCAACCUGGACCCCAGCUGUGCCCACCAGUACCACGACACCCUGUACCAGGCCAAGGGAGAGAAGGUGGCCAACUCGCGCAAACGGCAAAUGGAGAACGCCGACGCAGAGAGAGACGUCUAUGAUGAGCUUCUCACCCAGGCUGAAAUCCAGGGCAACGUCAACAAGGUCAACGUGAGCAACGCCCUGAGUGCAGCUGAGCAGGCGCUGCUGAGCGGCAACGAGGAGAAGUUAUAUGAGGCCCUUAAAGCCAUGGGCAUUCAGAACCUGCAGGCGCAGAACAAAGGCUGGUACCUCAAACAGCUGCAGGCUGACCGAGAGAAUAAAGACCAGAUCUCUCCGGGAGAAGCACUGACCAAGGAUGAGUUGCAGAGCGGCGUGGUUGUGGCCAAUGAGAUUGCAGAAGGCUACCUAAAGAUGUUGAAGGCAGUGGAGCGCAUCAAUGCUGCCAUCAGAGCGGGUGUUGCUGAGAAGACUGUGGAAGAGCUGAUGAACCCCGAGGCUCAGCUGCCUGAGGUCUACCCCAGUGCUGCAGACCUCUACCAGAGAGAGCUGGCCAGCCUGCAGCAGCAAAGCUCAGAGGGCUCGCUGAACCACUCCGAGCUGCUUGUUGCCGUGGAGAUGCUGUCAUCGGUGGUGCUGAUGAACGAGGCAAUGGAUGUUGGAGACAGAGCUGCCCUGUGGAAACAGCUGUCGAGUGCCGUCACAGGCCUCAGUAAUGUGGAGGAUGAAUACGCCCAGAGGUACAUGGACGAAUUGAUGCGGCUUAAGGCAGCGGCCAGAGAGGAGGGUGGCGACUAUCUGACCUGGAACGACAUUCAAGCCUGUAUCGACCAAGUCAACCUGGCUGUGCAGGAGGAGCAUGAACGCAUCGCCGCCAUCGGACAGAUCAACGAGGCCCUGGACGAAGGGGAUCCCAUGAAGACCCUGGCCAUGCUGCAGAACCCUUCAGCCAAGCUCACAGAUGUGGACCCGUCUGUGGCUCAGCAUUACCACGACAAACUGCUGGAGGCCCGCAGGGAGAAAGCUCACGAGACCCAAGACCCGUCUGCUGUGCUGUGGCUGGACGAGAUCCAGGACGCCAUUCUGAGAGCUAACCAGGACACACAGGAGGCCUUACAGUUCUCGCAGUCCAUCCAGGCUAUCAACGAGGCGGUGGACAUUGGCGACGCAGCUCAGACCUUGGCUGCUCUGCGUAACCCCGGGGCAGGACUUUAUGGGGUCACUUCUGAGUGUGCCCAGACCUACCAGGAUGACCUGACCAAGAUCAAAACAGAGAAGAAGACAGAAGGUGAUAAUGGCAGUGAGUGGGUGAAACACUGGGUGAAGGGAGGACACAACUACUACUACAAUCUGAACACCAAGGAGGGCACCUGGGUGGAGCCGGAGGGCUUCCUCCAAAACAGCACCCAGCUCAACAAGGAGGACAUCCAGUCGGUGGUUUCUGGGGUAACCACAGCCUACAAUCGAGAGCAGCUGUGGCUGGCCAAUGAGACUCUAAUUGCCAAGCUGCAAGCUCGUUGCCGUGGCUACCUGGUGAGAAAGGGCCUGGAGGAACGGAUGAACUUCCUGAAAUCCCAAGACCCAGCUGUUACAUGCAUACAGGCCCACUGGAAAGGCCACAAACAGAGGAAGAUGUUCAAAGGCCGUAAGCAGUAUCUGAAAGACCACACUAAGGAGGCUGUCAAGAUCCAGUCCUUGGUUCGGAUGCAUCAAGCUCGUAAGAAAUAUAAGGAUCGUCUGAAGUACUUCCAAGAUCAUAUCAAUGAUGUGGUGAAGAUUCAGGCUUUCAUCAGAGCAAACAAGGCCAGAGAUGACUACAAGACACUGAUCAACGCUGACAAUCCUCCAAUGGCGGUGGUGAGGAAGUUUGUGCACCUGCUGGACCACAGCGACCAGGACUUCCAGGAGGAGUUGGAACUGAUGCGGCUCCGCGAGGAGGUAGUCACCAACAUCCGCUCCAACCAGCAGCUAGAGAACGACCUGAACCUGAUGGACAUCAAGAUCGGCCUGCUGGUGAAGAACAAGAUCACGCUGCAGGAGGUGGUGUCCCACAGCAAGAAGCUGACCAAGAAGAACAAGGGCCAGCUGUCUGACAUGAUGAUGAUGAACAAGCAGAGGGGGGGCCUGAAGGCCCUCAGCAAGGAGAAGAGGCUCAAACUGGAAGCCUAUCAGUACCUCUUUUACCUGUUACAGACCAACCCCACAUAUCUCGCCAAGCUGAUCUUCCAGAUGCCGCAGAAUAAGUCCACCAAGUUCAUGGACUCCGUAAUCUUCACCCUGUAUAACUACGCCUCCAACCAGAGGGAGGAGUACCUGCUGCUGAAGCUCUUCAAAACUGCUCUGCAGGAGGAGAUCAAGUCUAAAGUGGACCAGAUGAAGGAGAUCGUCACAGGAAACCCUACAGUCAUCAAGAUGGUGGUGAGUUUCCACCGAGGGGCGCGGGGCCAGAACGCACUGCGGCAGAUCCUGGCACCGGUCGUCAAGGAGAUCAUGGAUGACAAAACGCUAAACAUCAAAACCGACCCGGUGGACAUCUAUAAGAGCUGGGUCAACCAGAUGGAGACGCAGACUGGAGAGGCCAGUAAGCUGCCUUACGACGUGACUCCGGAGCAGGCUAUGGCCCACGAGGAGGUCAGGACAAGACUGGAGGCCUCCAUCAAGAACAUGAAGACGAUCACUGACAAAUUCCUGUCUGCCAUAGUCGUCUCCGUCGAUAAGAUUCCAUACGGGAUGCGUUUCAUCUCCAAGGUGCUGAAGGACACGCUCCAUGAAAAGUUCCCAGAUGCUACAGAGGAUGAAUUGCUCAAGAUUGUGGGGAACCUCUUGUAUUACCGCUACAUGAACCCGGCCAUCGUGGCGCCCGAUGCCUUCGACAUCAUUGAGGUGUCAGCAGGGGGCCAGCUGACCACAGAGCAGCGACGAAACCUGGGCUCUGUCGCCAAGAUGCUGCAGCACGCCGCCUCCAACAAGAUGUUCCUGGGAGACAACGCCCACCUCAAUCCCAUCAAUGAGUAUCUGAGCGCCUCCUAUCAGAAAUUCAGGCGAUUCUUCCUGGCAGCGUGUGAUGUUCCCUCGCUUGAAGACAAGUUCAAUGUGGAUCAGUACUCUGACUUGGUCACCGUCACCAAACCUGUUAUCUACAUCUCCAUUGGAGAGAUUAUCAACACUCACACGCUGCUGCUGGACCAUCAGGACGCCAUUGCUCCGGAGCACAACGACCCCAUCCAUGAGCUGCUGGAGGACCUGGGCGAGGUUCCUACAGUAGAGUCUCUCAUCGGUGAGAAUCCUCUUCCUCCCGAUGACCCCAACAAAGAGCUGAUGGGGAAAACUGAAGUCUCACUCACACUCACUAACAAGUUUGAUGUCCCUGGUGAGGCCAAUGCUGAGAUGGACGCCAAGACUCUCCUGCUCAACACCAAGAGGCUCAUUGUGGAUGUGAUCAGGUUCCAGCCUGGGGAGACUCUCACAGAGAUCCUGGACUUGACAGCAAGCACAGAACAGGAAGCAGAGUACCAGCGCGCCAUGCAGAGGAGGGCCAUCAGGGACGCCAAGACUCCAGAGAAGAUGAAGCAGGUCAAACCGGUGGUGGACGACAGCCUGACGCUGCAGGGCAAGAAGGACAAGAUCAAGAGCAACCUGCAGAGGCUGGCAGAGCUGGGGAAGGUGGACCCCCAGAACCGCUAUCAGGACCUCAUCAACGACAUUGCCAAAGACAUCAGAAAUCAGAGGCGGUAUCGUCAGCGUCGGAAAGCUGAGCUGGUGAGACUUCAGCAGACCAACGCCGCCCUGAAUUCAAAGACCAAUUUUUUCAAUGUUCAGAUCGAUUCUUACAAUCAGUACAUCAAGACGUGCAUGGACAACCUGGCCAGCAAGGGCAAGUUGUCAAAGAAACCAGGCGACAGCAAGGCCAAGAAGAGUAAGCAGGUUUCACAGAAGUACACUGCGUCUCGCCUGCACGAGAAGGGCGUCCUGAUCGCCAUAGAGGAUCUGCAGCCCAACCAGUUCAAGAAUGUUAUUUUUGAGAUUUCACCAUCGGAGACUGUGGGAGUUUUUGAUGUCAAGGCCAAGUUGAUGGGCGUGCACUUGGAGACAUUACAGAUAGAAUAUCAGGACCUCCUCCAGCUGCAGUAUGAAGGCGUGGCGGUGAUGAAGCUCUUCGACAAGGCCACCAUCAACGUCAACCUGCUCAUCUUUCUGCUCAACAAGAAAUUUUAUGGGAAGUAGGAAAAGGAUGAAAGGGCUGCAACGGACACUGAUUUAAACCACAGAAAGCCCUGACCUGGACCCUCCCAGCUUUCCUACACUCCCUGCUGCACUUGUCCCAUGUGUCUAUGCAAAUCUAUGUGCCUUAUUUUUUUAUUAUGUGGAUCACCGUAUGUGCUUUAUUCUGAACGGGACACCCCGCUGUGCGACUCGAGGCUUCACACCUCUGCUGGAGUCUGUCUCUUCCUGUCUGUGCUGUGUGAAGCUGCAGUUAGGUCAGAGGUUUAAGAUUUGUAUGUUUCGCUUUAAAUAUAAGAAUAUCUUGUGCAUGGGCUUUGAUUAAUUAUAAAAAUGUAUGUUUUAUGUAAAGAGAUCACAUUUUGUGUAUUUCUUAGCUGUUAGUUUCUUUGCUCACCUGACUGAGGCCUGAUAAACGUGUCCAAAGCGUACCUUUCAGACGACUCUGCCUCCUCUCGGCCAUUUUCCUGUUGCUGCUUGUGACAAGUUGGAAAGAAGAACUCAAAGAGUCGAGGGGGCAAAAAGCAAGAAAGACCCUCCUCCUUCAUCAUAUUUUAUUUUGCAGUUUUCUAUAUUUUGAUUCGAUCCUAAGCACACACACAUUCUGUGCAAAGAAAAGGUGUCGUAAAGUGUUACUUUCAAAAACAAAAUUGCCAUGCUCAUAUUGAGCUGCUGAAAACAAAACUUGAUGUUUUUAAUUUAAAUCAUUUAGAAUUGAAUUUGUUGCAUGUACACGACAAAGUCACGUUAUGCCGCUGAAAUCGGGUGUGUGCUGGCUGUAGCCGUUGGUUUGUCUCGGGCUGGACGGGUCUGGACGGGACCUGAGGACUGAUCUGCACGGCGUCCAGAGACCCCGCGGUCCUCCUGCACUCUCAGCCUGUGCAGAUGCGAUGGUUCGCCGGCUUCGCUGAUGACUUACAGGAAACGAUAUUUCUUCAUCUCCCACUGGCUGUUAAUCUCUAACUGAAAUGCACAUUAAAAUCCGUUGAGUAAACACAACAUGCCCGUCAGUCUGUAGAAACAGGAUGGCAUCUAGAAGUAUGAGCUGGACAUUGAAUACACUGAGUUUUAUAUCUUGUUGAAAAUAAUUCAACAAAGUUACCAUUAUUUAUAUUUUAUGUUGUCGGUCCACAUCAUACUGUAUCUGAUGUUUGUAGAACCCGAGACAGAACGUGUAAGCGAGCCUGAGGAGGCGCAGUAUUACAGGAAACGGACUUGUGGGUCCAGCAGAUGUCACCCUACACCAGCUGAUUUUUAGUGUUGGUCCUACAGGAGACUGACUUAUUAGACGAAGCCUUGACCCUGAGAUUUCAUGCAGACCUUACUGAACUAGAUCCUGAUUUCCUGUCUCGUUGACACUGUUAUUUGAAAUGGAGGAGACUGUGCUCUGUGUAUGUUAUUAUCUCAACCUCGGCCCAUUAAAUGUAUUUGACCUGUUUUAGAAUAAAGUUCUACGGAGGCAAUGUG